AUAAAUAAAUUGUCCGUGUAAUUAUCUUGGGUUUAAAAAUAAAUUAUUUGUGUAAUUCUACAAAACAUAUAUCGAGAAAAUAACUCGAAGUGUUGAAGGAUGGCGGGUGGAUCAGCAACAUUUAGGUGGAUCCUGCAAAUGCACAAAGACGUCCCAAAAGCAGCUAAAUUCUACUCUGAAGGUUUGGAUUUCACCAUAAAUGUGUGCACUCUCCGUUGGGCUGAGCUCCAAUCUGGGCCCCUCAAGCUAGCUCUCCUUCAUUCCCCAAGAGAUAAGGUCAUCGAGAACGAAUAUUCAUCACUUCUAUCCUUCACGGUCCCUGACAUCAAUAAUUCAGUAACAAAACUAAUGGCUUUAGGUGCUGAGCUAGAUGGUCCCAUCAAAUAUGAGAUUUACGGAAAGGUUGCAGCUGUGCGCUGUAUUGAUGGACACAUGGUGGGUCUUUACGAGCCUGUUUGAAAGUAAGCAAAAGGGACCACAAACCAGGAAGCUACAAGGUAGUAAUUGAAAAACAACAGUGCAUAUUCCCAUAAAGUAAAUAGCAGCUGCAAGCUGCAAGUUGAAAGCCUGUGUUGUAAUGAUCCUCCAGUCACCUGCGGUAAUUCUGUUGUGCAGUUGCACGGAAGUGAUUGAUUCAUUUAAACUUGAACAUCUUAAGAUGCAGCUGCUGAUAUAUAUGAUUUCAUAAGUUGUUUUCACAAA